AUGACGACCGACUUACUCGUAUCCGCGCACUUGGCUAAAGAGUCCAAUCAAUUCUUCAACUCGCGGCUUCUUUACCCGUCCAGCCUCCCCCGCGCCUCCCCGCUCUCUUCCCCGCUCCUUCGGCCGUUCUCUCCUCCGGGUUAUCGGUCCGCCGUCGGCGGAGCGUCUUCCCCGCGCCAUGGCUUUCCAGUGCCACGUCUUUGCUCUCCGUUGUCGCCUUCAGCAGGAGCGCGGACCCUGGUGAUUGCGGCGAGCGCCGCGAGCGCCGUGAGCAGCGAGCGCGGGCGCGCCGCAGGUCAGGGGCUCGGCCGCGGCCUGCCGGAACGCGCGGCGUUCGGCACUUCCAACGGUACCGGCGCGUGCAACGAGUCAGGCUUUGGCUCCGCGGGACGGAGCGCGAGCAGGCGCGAAGGCGGCGGUGAAGGGGCGAGACGAGCGGAGCGCGGGCAAGCCGUGGUUGCGCGCGCGGUGGUGGGCGGGGAGAUUGCGCUGGGUCCGGCGGUGGUGGCGCAAGUGAUCGACGACCUCGGACUUGACGCGCUGCUGUUCCUGCUCACCACGGUCAUCAUCGUUCCCACCUGCAAAUGGCUCAAGAUAAGCCCGAUUCUGGGGUUCCUGGGCGCGGGGUUGGUGUUCAGCCGGCUGGGGUACGGGCAGCACGUGAACGAGAUCGCGCCGGUGUCGGAGCUGGGCAUUCUGUUCCUGCUCUUCCAGAUGGGCAUCGAGCUCUCCGUCGACCGCCUCAAGGAGCUCGCCAAGUACUCCUUUGGCCUCGGCCUCUCGCAGAUCGCAGCGUGCACCCUCGCAUUCGCGUUCCUGCUACAGCCAGCCGACAGCCCCAUCUCCCCAGCCCACCUCCUCUCGCAAGCCUCCUCCCUCCUCACCCUCCUCCCCUCCUCUCUCACCUCCCUCAUCCCCGCGCUCCCCCCGCUCCCCUUCUCCACGGAUCUCCUCGCUCCCCUCGCGAACAUCACGCUAGACGAGGCGCUGGUCAUAGCCGUGGCGCUCUCCCUCUCCUCCUCCGCCUUCGUCCUUAAUCUCCUCGACGAGCACGAUGAGCUUGAGACCAAAUUCGGCUCGGCUACCCUAGGCGUGCUGCUGAUGCAGGACAUAGCAGUCGUCCCCAUCCUCGCCAUACUUCCCGUGCUGGAAGGCGGGUUUUCCGCCGCUGCUGGCGCUGCAGGGGAUGCCGCCACCACCACCGCCACCCUCGCUGCCACCACCGCUCCCAUUGCUGCCGCAACAGCAGCAGCAGGAGCAGCAGCCGGAGCGGCAGCAGGAGCAGCAGGAGCAGCAGCGGCUGGUGCAGCAGAAGCUGCAGCGGCCACCGCAGCAGCAGUGGCAGCAGACCCGUCCGGAUUCCUCUUCUCAGUUGCAGCAGCGCUCCUAGGCGGCCCUGCAAACGUCGCCCUAGCCCAGCUCCUAGUAGCAGGCGCGCUGAAGGCCCUCCUGGGCCUAGGCGCCAUUCUCGUGGGAGCGCAAUGGCUCAUGAAACCUGCUUUCGCGGCAGUGCAGCGCGCCAAUGCUCCAGAGGCCUUCCUGGCUCUCUCCCUCCUCGCUGUCACCGGCACUUCCCUUGCCACCGACAAGCUUGGUUUCUCGGAUUCUCUUGGGGCGUUCCUGGCCGGAGCUAUUCUCUCCUCCACGCCUUUGAAGCAUGAUGUGGCGCUCUGCACGGGUCCCCUGCAGAAGCUGCUACUGGGGCUGUUUUUCGUCACUACCGGCUCAUCUAUCGAUGUGGAUUUGCUCGUGGAGCAGUGGCCGGUAAUUCUGACGCUUCUUGGCGGCUUGCUGGCAGUGAAGACGGCUACAGUCGCGCUGCUGGCGCCCAGGUGGGGUCUGAAAGGCAAGGACGCCAUUCGCACGGCGCUCAUUCUGUCCCCUGGCGGGGAGUUUGCCUUUGUGGUGCUGGCGCUGGCUUGUGACUUGGGCGUUCUUCCCACUGAUGUGAACCGGAUUGUGCUUAUCGUGGUGGUGCUAUCCAUGGCUCUCACUCCUGCUCUGGACGCUCUGGGGUAUCUUAUUGCUGGGAUUGGCGGGAGGGAUGAGAAUGAUGGAUGGUUGGAUGUUGAGCUGGUUGAGAGGCGGAAGCAUGGGAAGGCGUUACCUGGUGAAGGUAGGGGGUUGUUCCUACCAGCCGGGGUGGUUGAUGUAGAUGUGGGGGAGGUGAGGCAGGGGGGCAGAGGAGGAGAAGUGGAAGAGGACGAGGUGGAUGAUGGGUCAUUGGAGGAGCUUGAAAGGAUUGCCUCUGGAGCUAUCCCCCCUCCUCCGCCUCUUGAGCCCAGUCCGGUGUUUGCAGCACGGAGCGAUGGGGAUGGGCUUGGGAGCAGCGGUGGUAAGGAUGUUUCUGUGUCAGGGGGCGGCAUGGGGGGUUCGGCAGCUGCUAUAAACCCUGGAGGGGGCAAUGGGGUUUCUGGGGGAGGGGGAGGAGAAGGGUUUGUGGGUGAUGGGUUUGGAGCAGCCACGGCCAUGUUCGUCAUCAAGCGUGACGGCCGUAAGGAGGCGGUGCAUUUCGACAAGAUCACUGCAAGGCUCAAGAAGCUGAGCUAUGGGCUCAAUCCUGACUUUUGCGAUCCGGUUGUCGUUGCUCAGAAGGUCUGCAUGGGUGUGUACAAGGGUGUCACUACCUCGCAGCUUGACGAGCUCGCUGCUGAGACCGCUGCUGCAAUGACGUCAACUCACCCCGACUACGCCAUUCUCGCUGCGAGGAUCGCGGUGUCUAACCUUCACAAGAACACGAAAAAGUCCUUCUCUGAAACGAUCAAAGAUAUGUAUUUCCAUGUGAACAAGGAGACGGGCCAGGAGUCUCCUUUGGUCAGUGAAUUGGCUUACAAUAUCAUCAUGGAGAAUGCGGAUAUCCUCGACAGCGAGAUUAUUUACGACCGUGACUUCGAGUAUGACUACUUCGGGUUCAAGACCCUGGAGCGAUCAUAUCUUCUUCGUGUCAACGGCAGGGUUGUGGAGCGACCGCAGCACAUGCUGAUGCGCGUGGCCGUGGGAAUCCACGAGCGCGACAUCGAAGCCGCCAUCGACACGUACCACCUCAUGUCGCAGCGCUGGUUCACGCACGCCUCGCCCACGCUCUUCAACGCCGCCACGCCGCGUCCGCAGCUGAGCAGCUGCUUCCUCGUCUGCAUGAAAGACGACUCCAUCGAGGGCAUUUACGACACGCUUAAGGAGUGCGCCGUUAUUAGCAAGUCCGCUGGUGGCGUCGGUCUCGCGAUUCACUGCAUCCGCGCCGCUAACAGCUACAUCCGCGGAACCAACGGAACGUCCAACGGUAUUGUGCCGAUGCUGCGUGUGUUCAACAACACGGCGAGAUACGUGGAUCAGGGCGGUGGCAAGCGCAAGGGCGCGUUCGCCAUCUACCUGGAGCCGUGGCACGCCGACGUGUUCGAAUGGCUCGACCUGAGGAAGAACCACGGCAAGGAGGAGAACCGUGCGCGCGACCUGUUCUACGGGUUGUGGGUGCCGGACCUGUUUAUGCAGCGCGUGCAGGAGAACGGCCCCUGGUCGCUCUUCUGCCCCAACGAGGCCCCCGGGCUCGCUGACUGCUGGGGCGACAAGUUCGUGGAGCUCUACACCAAGUACGAGAGCGAGGGCCGAGCCCGCCGCGUGCUUCCCGCACAGAAGCUCUGGUUCGCGAUCCUGGAGGCCCAGAUCGAGACUGGCAACCCUUACAUGCUCUUCAAGGAUUCGUGCAACCGCAAGAGCAACCAGCAGCACCUUGGCACGAUCAAGUGCAGCAACCUGUGCAGCGAGAUCGUGGAAUACUGCGCGCCGGACGAGACGGCCGUCUGCAACCUCGCCUCCAUCGCGCUGCCCCGCUACGUCCGCGAGCAGGGCGUGGCGGCGGACGUGAAGCUGAUCGGCAGUCGCAACCACGCGCAGCGGUACUUCGACUUCGAGAAGCUGGGGCAGGUGACGGAGGUGAUCACGCGCAACCUCAACAAGGUGAUCGACGUCAGCUACUACCCCACCGACUCGGCGCGCCUGUCUAACGAGCGCCACCGCCCCAUCGGCAUUGGCAUUCAGGGCCUGGCGGACGUGUUCAUCCUGCUCGGCAUGCCCUUCGACUCCGCCGAGGCGAACGCGCUGAACCGCAACAUAUUCGAGACGAUCUACUUCCACGCGCUCAAGGCGUCGUGCGACCUGGCGGAGACGCACGGCACGUACCCCACGUACGAGGGCAGCCCCACGAGCAAGGGCGUGCUGCAGCCCGACAUGUGGGACGGCGUCGAGCUCACGCAGGAGCGCCACGACUGGGCGGGGCUGCGCGCGCGGAUUGCGCGCGUGGGGCUGCGGAACUCGCUGCUGCUUGCGCCCAUGCCUACGGCGUCCACGAGCCAGAUUCUUGGGAACAACGAGUGCUUUGAACCGUACACGUCGAACAUCUACACCCGCCGCGUGCUCAGUGGUGAGUUCGUGGUGGUGAACAAGCACCUGCUGAGCGACCUUACGGGCAUGGGGCUAUGGACGCCCGCGCUCAAGAACGAGCUCAUCUACCACAACGGCUCUGUUGAGGGCAUCGCCGCCAUUCCCAACCACCUCAAACCGAUCUACAAGACGGUGUGGGAGAUCAAGCAGCGUGCGGUGGUGGACCUGGCUGCGACGCGGGGCGUGUUCAUAGACCAGAGCCAGAGCCUCAACAUCCACCUGGAUACACCUAACUUCGGCAAGCUCACCUCUCUGCACUUCUACGCCUGGUCCAAGGGGCUCAAGACGGGCAUGUACUACCUGCGCACGCGCAGCGCAGCCGAUGCCAUCAAGUUCACUGUGGAUGCCACAGCAGUGCAGGGGAGCAAGGUGCAGGCGCAGGCGCAGGUGCGGGCAGAAGAGAAGGGCAAGCUGGACGUGAUGGUAUCGUCCAAGGCAGCAUCAGUGAACCUCGCAGCCAUGGUCUGCUCUCUCGAGAACCGUGAUGAAUGCCUCGCCUGCGGCAGCUGA